UAGUGUUCAUAUUCUAUGUGCAGCGGUGCGAUGACGUUUACGUCAAGUGACCUAUACGUCACGAUUUCGUGUGCUUCUGGAUUUGGCUGAAGACGAUGGCGGCCUCAUCAGGAGUUAAAGUCCCACGAAAUUUUCGCUUGUUGGAAGAGCUGGAGGAGGGCCAGAAGGGUGUUGGUGAUGGCACGGUCAGCUGGGGUCUGGAGGAUGACGAGGACAUGACACUGACACGGUGGACGGGCAUGAUCAUUGGCCCUGCAAGAACUAACUAUGAAAACAGGAUAUACAGUCUGAAAGUGGAGUGUGGGAACAAAUAUCCGGAAAUAUCACCGAAUGUUAGAUUUGUAACAAAAAUUAACAUGAAUGGAAUUAACUCCAAUGGAGGGGUGGAUGCACGUAGCAUACCAGUUCUAGCAAAAUGGCAAAAUUCAUAUAGCAUUAAAGUUGUUCUUCAAGAGCUACGACGUCUAAUGAUGUCCAAAGAAAAUAUGAAGCUUCCACAGCCGCCAGAAGGACAGACAUACAGCAAUUAAUUUUACAGGAUUGUUUAACCCCUCUGUCUUAAACCUUACUCUCUUAGAAAUGUCUCAUUAAAAGGCAAAAAUCAUGCUGAAAUCCACUCCACAUAAUAUUACGACUCACAUCAGCAAGUGUGGAAUUGGGACUUUUUUUGUUAGGUAGGCUGAUGUUAAGAGUAUGUCAAAAAACAAAAAAAAGACAAACAAAAAGGAAUGCCUUUUAUGUUAGGGCACUAUGUGACAUGUUGUUUUACAAGAUGUGCACAAAUGUAUCUUCCAUUGUUUCAGCCCUCUUUUGACCAGCUUUAAAGUUCACGAGAGUUGUUUUUUGUUGGCAGAGGGGUGCGAGGCAUCUCUCUUAUCUGACAUCUUUUAAGUCAAAUCAACUGUUCAACCAAACUAAUUAGGUUGCGUGUGUAUGAUGGCAUGCUGAAAACUACUACAACACUUAGUUGACAACGACAAAGCUGUGUAAUACAUUGUAAAGUAGUGAUUAUAUAGUGGGUUCAUUGAGAUUUCUUACAGAAGACUUAAAAAAAGAUAAAUAAUUUGAAGUGUGCCUGUAGUCUUCUUGUAGUGUCACAGAACGAUGAUUUUUUUCCAUUCUUUCUUUUUUUUUAAAGACCUAUGUUUGACAUGAACACAUUUUUUUUUCUGUGCAGCAACUUUUUUUGACAUGUAACAGAUGCCAUUUGUUCUGUUCUAAAUGACCCUCACAUUUAACUUUUAGUGGAAAAUGACUGGUGUAUCAAAAUGUGACCAUGCAAUUAAAAAACACUCUGAGA